CUGAACUCUUCCAAAUUCAAGUAUUUUGUAAACAGCAUAAUGUAUGCGCACAGGGCAAUUCAGCGCAUUGCACAGCAGACCCCACGGGCCCUACUGUUCAGCACCAGCAGCGCGCAGGCGCCGCAGACAGUCGAGAUCCAGAAGCGGGCGUUCCCCAAGUUCAGCAUAACGGCGUCGGGGCUAUCGAGCCUGAUCCCGCGCUCACAGCAACUGGCAAAGGCACUCACCCUGGGCAAGUUCACAGUGACGCAGCCCGAGCUGACCCGGCUGGCAUCGCAGUUCCUGGCGGCGAACGAACAUGCGAGCAUGGAGGAGUGGCGUACGCAGGCACUGGGGGUGUUCCACGGCGACGUGCGGGAGAUCACCCGCGCUGCCAGCCUAUUUGCGAAGCUGUCGCCAAACAAGUCCCUGUCGUAUGCGCUGUACAAGGUCGCAGCCGAAGAGGGCCAUGCGAAUGCCGCCUACCACUACGCGGUUCUGCUGGGCACCGGGGAAAUGCGCAUGGAGGGUGGGCGCGGCGUGGGCGGGCAGAUUAUCAAGGAUUUGGCCAAGAUCGGACAUCCGCCCGGCCUGAUGCUUCUGGCCGAGACGCGGCUGGCCCGCAACGACGCUGCAGGCGCAUAUGCAAUGCUGGAGCAAGCAGCCAAAGGGGGUGUGGCGGCGGCAGCGUUCCAGCUCGGCAAACUGAUGCGUGACGGACGGGUGGGCGAGCCGGACCAGGCCAGAGGGUGGUUUGAGGAGGCCGCGCGGCUCGGCUCGCCAGAGGGCCUGUUUAUGGCGGGCACAGUGUUGGCGGGUGAAGAAAAGUUUGGCGAGGCAUUGGAUUACUUUGAGCGCGCGGCGGCACUGGGCAAUGUCGAGGCGCAGUACAAUGUUGGGCUGUACUAUCUGCAGGGCACUGGAUGCGAGAAGAACCCUGAGCUGGCGGUCGAGUACUGGACCAUGGCGGCUGCCGAGCGGUUCCCGGUGGCCAUGCUGAAUCUGGCUAAGCUGCUGAUGGAGGGCAAGGAGGUAGCGCGCGACCGCCGGCGCGCUAGGCGUCUGUUGGAGGCAGCCGUGGAGGCGUCAGACAAGGACGGGUUUAUCAAGGAUCAGGCGCUGGCGCUGAUGGAGCGGAUGGGCAAGGGGAGCGAUUCGCGGUGCAAUGUAAUGUAAAUUUAUAUACGGGGGAUUGGGACGGCGCGUGGCGGUGUGGUCAAGCAAUGAAAAAUGAUGGAGAUUAUUGGGAUGUGGUCAAUGGCCAGCGGGAUGGGGGGACAAUAUACGGGAGGACAUGAAGCUCAUUCCUUUCCUCGCGCUGGCCAUCGGUGCGUGUGCGCAGU